AAGAAUGCUCAUUUGAAAUUUUUUUUUUUUGUUGCUUAUGACUGGAUUUAGGUGGUAAACCAGAUAUCCUGAGAUGUUAAUAUUUCUUAAAUGUAAUAAAUAAAAUGAAGCAUAUAUUUGUGUGAAUCUCUUUCUUUCAGUAAUGGGUUUGUGUGGUUGGGUAUGUUUGUGGGAUGGGCAGUAAACUGUUGUAUUAUGUUUGUCUUGAGAUAAACAUGCAUUUGCCAGGCAUAGGGUGGAUUUCUUCUAGAAGUCAGAGUAAAUGUUUCUGUCCUAGGAUGUUGCUCUUGCAAUGCUGGGUACUCAGAAGAUCCGAAUUCACCCCAGUGUAUGCUGUAAGUAGAAAUAACCAGCUGUGAGCUUGAUGGUUAGUGGUUGUGGGUUCAGCAGUUAGACUAGAUGACAUUAGUGGUCUUUUCUGACCUUUAUGAUUCUAAGACUGACAGCAACUUUCUAAUAUUGAGACACAGUUCAUGGAAUUAUCAACGCACACUUGUAAGUGUGAUGGGGAACCCACUCUGAAAUGCAGAGUAGUGGUGUGUUGUUUUUGUUUUUGUUUUGUCCUCGUCAAAGGAACCCUGUUCCCUUCCAGGGCAUUGGAUGGUUAGGCAAGACGUGGAAGAACCGAGGCUGUGUCACCCCUCAGCGGUUAAACUGUGCCUAGAGCCAGAGUAUCCCCCAGAGCACGGGCAGGUGAAAUGCUUAGCAAAUAUAUGCCUGGGAUGAAAACAGGCAGCGAUCUGCUGUUUCUUGCUGGGGAAGGCCGUCAAGAAACCGCCUCAGCGCUGCCCAGCAGCAGCCGCGGCGCGGGGCAGGGCCCGUCCCGCCGAGCCGCCAUUUUCCGCCCGUGGGGACAGCGAGCGCCGCGCCCAUAGCAACCCCGCUGCGGCGUGGGAGAAGGAGGAGGAAUGAAAGAAGAGGAGGAGAUCGCGGCUCCAGCCCUGUUCCGGCCGAACAGCAACCUGCCUCUUCAAGACUUCUUAAAGCCUGAAAUUUAAUCAGUGUUGGUGCAUUUUGGUUCCAGAAUGAUGACUACUCCAGAAGGUGAUGCACCAGAAGGUGUGAUUGAAGAAAGUGCAAUGCCCACAGCUUUGGAAGAGAGCCAGUGUUGGGGUGGACUCGAUCCAGCAUCUGCAUGCAUAGAUGGAGUUGCUCUGCUGCCCUGUCCUUUUUCCGGGACUGGAGGGGGCAUGGCUCUUUCAGAUGUCAGGAAGAAGCAAACUUAUACUAGUGUACACGAGGCAGUGAAAGCUGGCGAUGUAGAACAGCUUGCAUCAAUGAUAGAACACGGAGCCUCUAUCGAUGAGGUGGAUGUAGUCCACAAGUUCACACCGUUGCACUGUGCUGCACACUCUGGAAGCUUGGAGUGCCUUCACUGGUUGCUCUGGCAUGGCGCUGAUGUGACACGUGUGGCGGUCAGAGGCUGGACAGCUGCUCACCUCGCGGCUAUCCGCGGGCAGGAUGCUUGCAUGCAGGCAUUGUUAAUGAACGGAGCAAACCCAGAAGCUCGAGAUGACCGUGGGUGCACUCCAUCGCACCUAGCUGCAGCCCACGGGCAGUCGUACACGUUACAAACCAUUCUGCGAAGUGGAGCGAACGCAAACCUUGCAGACAGGAAUGACUGGAAGCCUGUUCAUUACGCUGCUUUUCACGGUCGCUUGGGCUGUUUGCAGCUUCUUGUUAGAUGGGGAGCAUGUAUAGAUGACGUGGACAGUGAUGGAAACCUUCCGGCUCAUCUGGCAGCAGUGGAAGGACACCUGCAUUGCUUUAAGUUCUUGGUCAGUAAAAUGGCCAGUGUCAUGCACACACUGAAAGCCAGGAAUGACCACGGAGAGACUCCAAGGGACUUGGCUGAGCGGUUCUAUAAAGACAAUAUUCUGCAAUAUAUUGACAGUGUGGGAAAAGAGGGGGAGCAUCCAGAGACACAGGAAGUUUUAGCUUUCCCAGCCCAUGAUGCUGCUUUCAGAGGAGACUUGUUAGUGCUCAGAAGAUUAGUGAGAUGUGGAGUAGUCAAUAUUAACGAGCGGGAUGAUAAGGGAUCCACUCUCAUGCACAAAGCUGCAGGACAAGGGCAUAUCCAUUGCUUACAGUGGUUGAUUGAAAUGGGAGCUGACUGCGACAUUACAGAUGAUGCUGGAGAGACUCCGAAGGAUGUAGCCAAGAGAUUUGCCCAGCUAACAGCUGUGGAGCUUUUGAUCCAAAGAACUGGAGACAGUAACUCUAGUGAUGAAGAACUGGAUGCAAGCAAUGUAAAAUUUUUUGAAAGACAUGGUGUGGAAGGGAGUACAGAUAGCAGAGAAGAUUUAAUCCUGGAUAAAGCAGAGAAAAGGAACGCACGCAUGAGGGCCUAUGGCAGGAUUCAAGAACUUCGGCAACGUCUGGAAAUUGCCUACAGCAACUACAGACAGCUGGGAGGAAUAACUGAGGAGGAGAGGAAGGUGAAAAGAGAUGAAAAGGAAGUGGAAAAGGCCGUGAGGGAGCUGGAGGCGCAGCUGGAAUCCGAGCGAGUCAGGAGGGAAAAGCUGGAGAGCCAGCUGGAUGGCUGCCGCGCCGAGAUCGGCCGCCUCAGGGAGAGCCGGGGGAGAGCCCGCAGCCCUGCUGCUCCGCCGCUGGUUAGUGCCACCCCAAGGUCCCUGCCCCGGUGGGUGAGACCGACGGCAGUCCCAGUGCUUGUGCGUGUUUGUGCUCGCGAAGAUGCUGAGGAACCUGAACCCAUCUCCAUUUCCUGCAAAGAGAAAAAGAAAGUGAAGAAGAAUCCAGCCUGCAGCCCCGGAGGAGUGUUUGUGAGGCUGCGCUGAGGAAGGAGCCUCGGACAAGGGGCUGGCAGGCUGAGGAGGCAGAAUGGCAGCGUCCACACAGUGCCAAGUGUUUGUAGAGCCCGGUUCUGCAGAUGAGCUGUGGUUCAUUGAACCGUUUUCCUAGUUCUCUGGGACAGAAAAUAUUUCUAAAUCACUGCAGCAGGAAGAAAAAAAAAAAAAAAAGCAGGGCUUCUCUUCAUGUCCAGGGUAGUUUGGCAAGAGUUCUGCAAAUUCGAACAUUCCAAAAUUCAACUGCAGCAAUGUCACAGGGCAUAGGCUAUGAAAAAGGUAUCCUCAUCUACUAGUCUGCUUGGUACUACUGCCUCAAAACAGAAAAAAAGAAGCCCCUUACCUCAGAUAGGACCUGCAGUAUGGACACAAAGAACAGCCUAUGGGAUAAGUCCUAGUGGAACAGCAGCCAGGCACCAUCUCCAGCCAUGCCGUGCAGGUCAGGAAGCUGCUCCCUCAUCAGGGGCCAGGUUAAGGGCAGUGCUGGAGCUCCACGUCUAAAUCAGGGCUGAAGACUCACGAGGUCACAGGGCAUGGUGCAGUUAAACAUGGCAAUCCUGACCUCCCUGCCUAAAAUACAAUUCACGACUUUUCUUAGGAUAAGCAUUUUCCUCUCAUCUGUUUACUGUUGUGAAAUUAUCUUCCCCUUGGAACCCCUAUCAUGCAUAAUAUUUUGACUAUUUUGAUUUCAAUCAUAAAUCGUUGCACUAUAAAGGUUCAUUUCCUAGUGCUUGAA